AUGGCGUCCUCUUCCUCAAAUGUCGUGGGUGUCCACUACCGAGUAGGCAAGAAGAUUGGUGAAGGGUCGUUCGGUGUGAUCUUCGAGGGUACGAAUCUGUUGAACAACCAACAGGUGGCGAUCAAAUUUGAACCUCGCAAGAGUGAUGCCCCCCAGCUUCGUGAUGAGUAUCGAACAUACAAGAUCUUGGUCGGAUGCCCUGGCAUUCCCAAUGUCUACUACUUUGGCCAGGAGGGUCUUCACAACAUCCUGGUCAUCGACUUGCUCGGCCCUAGUCUGGAGGAUCUCUUCGAUCACUGCAACCGCCGGUUUUCGACCAAGACCGUUGUCAUGGUCGCCAAGCAGAUGCUGUCCCGAGUCCAAACGAUCCACGAGAAAAACCUGAUCUACCGUGACAUCAAGCCCGACAACUUCCUCAUCGGCCGUCCCAACACCAAGGCUGCCAACGUGAUUCAUGUGGUUGAUUUCGGAAUGGCCAAGCAAUACAGAGACCCCAAGACGAAGCAGCAUAUCCCUUAUCGUGAGCGGAAGUCGCUGUCCGGCACAGCCCGCUACAUGAGUAUCAACACCCAUCUCGGUCGUGAACAAUCGCGACGUGAUGACCUCGAGGCUCUGGGUCACGUUUUCCUCUAUUUCCUGAGAGGUGGCCUCCCCUGGCAGGGUCUCAAGGCUGCGACCAACAAGCAAAAGUACGAAAAAAUCGGAGAAAAGAAGCAGACCACCGCGAUCAAGGAUCUUUGCGACGGAUUCCCAGAAGAAUUCACGAAAUACCUGACGUACGUGCGCAACCUUGGUUUCGAGGACACUCCCGACUAUGAUUAUCUCCGGGACCUCUUGACCCAGGCUCUCAAGAACGGCGGGGACGUCGAGGACGGCGAGUACGACUGGAUGAAGCUCAACAACGGACGGGGGUGGGAGUACAAGUCGUACUCGUCCCAGCAACACCUUCACAACAACGCCCUCCCCAACUCGUCUGCCCGUGAACUCCACGCCCAGCAGCUCCGCGGCAGCCGGCCCGGCGUGACGGCCGACCGUUUAAACGCCGCGCAGCCCCCGCCUCCGUCUCCGGCGAAACCCGGAGCUGGGAAGACGCGCGAUCGGCCAAGCGUCUCCGGAGGGAUGCAGCCCAAGCGCCAGAGCGGGGGUCUGGAUGCCACGCCGGCGGCAUCGACUCAGGCGCAGUUCCAGAACUCGAACGCAAACAUUCCCGGCGGCAUGGGAAGCCCCGUCAACGCGACGAAGAACAGCCAACAGGGCCAGGCCGCUCCGGGCACCAAUGAGCCGCAGCCCAGUUUCGUCCAGAAAGUGAUGAAGGCGCUCUGCUGCGGUAGGUGAUCUGCCUCGAUGCCGACGUGUCACGCCUCCCUUACUCAUGCGGGUUUCCAGGUUGAUGCGAGGCUGAACAUGGAAUCUUUGUAAUUCUACAUAAUAUCCUGGUCAUGUUCGCUUCUCGACUUUCUUUCGUUAUUUCUUGUCUUCAACAUACUUGGGAGGUUUGAAAG